AUGAAGGGCAUCACUAUCGAGGUGAUACCCGAAGAUGGAUUCAGCGAGGACGAUGAAGCGUUAGCGGCAGAUCUUGCAGCAUUCCGAAAUGCUCGAAGAGCACCCCCGAGUGCUCCAGGGGAUAUCUCUGGUUCCGACAACAGUAACGGCCAGGAAGAGGUGGUUCACGCUCAACUUCGGGGCAUUGAAGCGGAAGAUGAAGGCGAGGGGAGGGAUGAAGAGGAGGAUCGCGAGGAAGGCGAGGAGGAAGAUGAUCUAUAG